UUAAAAUCAAUACAAAAAGAAAACAAAAUAGAAAAAUUAAUGAAAAUAAAGAUAUAGAUUCUAAAUUUGAAGCUUUAUAUCAAAACAAUAGUGAUGAAGAAGAUGAAGAAACAAAUUAUAAUAAAAAUAUAGAAGAAAAUAUAGAUAGUAGUGAAGAUAUAGAUAAAGAUAAUUAA